CCCGCUGCCGCUAACGCCGCCCGGGAGCGCAGUCGGGUUCAGACCCUGCGCCAUGCCUUCCUCGAGCUGCAGAAGACUCUGCCCUCUGUGCCGCCCGACACCAAGCUCUCCAAGCUGGAUGUGCUCCUCCUGGCCACCACCUACAUCGCACACCUCACCCGCAGCCUUCAGGAUGAGGAAGAGUCACCGGGAGAGGGCUUGGGUACCCUCCGAGGGGAUGGAUACCUCCAUCCUGUCAAGAAGUGGCCGAUGCGUUCCAGGCUAUAUAUUGGAGCCACAGGGCAGUUUCUGACUCACUCAGCACAAGGAGAUGGUGCAAACCAAGGAGAAUCAUCAACACCACCACAAAUCUAA